ACCCCCAAGCCCAGCUCUACACACUGUUCCUGGAUCUUCUCUCCCCAGGCAGAGUGUGCCCCUGCCCAGUCCAGUGACCUUCGCCUGUUGGAGCCCUGGUUAAUUUUUGCCCAGUCUGCCUGUUGUGGGGCUCCUCCCCUUCAGGGAUAUAAGCCCAGCCUGGGGCUGCUCCGUUCUCCGCCUGGCCUGAGGCUCCCUGAGCCAUCUCCCCACCAUCACCAUGGCCAAGGGCUUCUACAUUUCCAAGUCCCUGGGCAUCCUGGGGAUCCUCCUGGGCGUGGCGGCCGUGUGCACGAUCAUCGCACUGUCAGUGGUGUACUCCCAGGAGAAGAACAAGAAUGCCAAGAGCUCCCUCGAGGCCUCCACCACCCCGUCUGCCUCAGCCACCACCAGCAACCCCACCUUGGCCACCACUUUGGACCAAAGCAUACUGUGGAACCGUUACCGCCUCCCCAACACGCUGAAACCCGAUUCCUACCAGGUGACGCUGAGGCCAUACCUCACCCCCGAUGACAGGGGCCUAUACAUUUUUAAGGGCUCCAGUACCGUCCGUUUCACCUGCAAGGAGGCCACCGACGUCAUCAUCAUCCACAGCAAAAAGCUCAACUACACCCUCAGCCAGGGGCACAGGGUGGUCCUGCGUGGAGUGGGAGGCUCCCAGCCCCCCGACAUCGACAGAACCGAGCUGGUGGAGCCCACCGAGUACCUGGUGGUGCACCUCAGGGGCUCCCUGGUGAAGGACAGCCAAUAUGAGAUGGACAGUGAGUUCGAGGGGGAGUUGGCAGAUGACCUGGCAGGCUUCUACCGCAGCGAGUACAUGGAGGGCGAUGUCAAAAAGGUGGUGGCCACAACGCAGAUGCAGGCCGCAGACGCCCGGAAGUCCUUCCCAUGCUUCGAUGAACCAGCCAUGAAGGCCGAGUUCAACAUCACGCUUAUCCACCCCAAGGACCUCACAGCCCUGUCCAACAUGCUUCCCAAAGGUCCCAGCACCCCACUUCCAGAAGACCCCAACUGGAGUGUCACCGAGUUCCACACCACGCCCAAGAUGUCCACAUACUUGCUGGCCUUCAUUGUCAGCGAGUUCACCUACGUGAACUCAUCCAAUGAUGUCUUGAUCCGGAUCUGGGCCCGGCCCAGUGCCAUUGCGGCGGGCCACGGCGAUUAUGCCCUGAACGUGACAGGCCCCAUCCUUAACUUCUUUGCCGGUCAUUAUGACACACCCUACCCACUUCCAAAAUCAGACCAGAUUGGCCUGCCUGACUUCAACGCCGGCGCCAUGGAGAACUGGGGACUGGUGACCUACCGGGAGAACUCCCUGCUGUUCGACCCCCUGUCCUCCUCCAGCAGCAACAAGGAACGGGUGGUCACUGUGAUUGCUCACGAGCUGGCCCACCAGUGGUUCGGGAACCUGGUGACCAUAGAGUGGUGGAAUGACCUGUGGCUGAACGAGGGCUUUGCCUCCUACGUGGAGUACCUGGGUGCUGACUAUGCAGAGCCCACCUGGAACUUGAAAGACCUCAUGGUGCUGAACGAAGUGUACCGCGUGAUGGCCGUGGAUGCACUGGCCUCCUCCCACCCACUGUCCACUCCUGCCUCGGAGAUCAACACGCCAGCCCAGAUCAGUGAGCUGUUUGACUCCAUCUCCUACAGCAAGGGCGCCUCAGUCCUCAGGAUGCUCUCCAGCUUCCUGUCCGAGGAUGUAUUCAAGCAGGGCCUGGCAUCCUACCUCCACACCUUUGCCUACAAGAACACCAUCUACCUGAACCUGUGGGACCACCUGCAGGAGGCUGUGAACAACCGGUCCGUCCAACUCCCCACCACCGUGCACAACAUCAUGGAUCGCUGGACCCUGCAGAUGGGCUUCCCGGUCAUCACGGUGGAUACCAGCACGGGGACCCUUUCCCAGGAGCACUUCCUCCUUGACCCCGAUUCCAAUGUUACCCGCCCCUCAGAAUUCAAUUACCUGUGGAUUGUGCCUAUCACAUCCAUCAGAGAUGGCAGACAGCAGGAGGACUACUGGCUGAUGAAUGUAAGAGCCCAGAACAAUCUCUUCAGAACAUCAGGCAAUGAGUGGGUCCUGCUGAACCUCAAUGUGACGGGCUAUUACCGGGUGAACUACGACGAAGAGAACUGGAGGAAGAUUCAGACUCAGCUGCAGACAGACCACUUGGCCAUCCCUGUCAUCAAUCGGGCACAGAUCAUUAAUGAUGCCUUCAACCUGGCCAGUGCCCGUAAGGUCCCUGUCACUCUGGCGCUGACCAACACCCUCUUCCUGAUUGAAGAGACAGAGUACAUGCCCUGGGAGGCCGCCCUGAGCAGCCUGAGCUACUUCAAGCUCAUGUUCGACCGCUCCGAGGUCUAUGGCCCCAUGAAGAACUACCUGAAGAAGCAGGUCACACCCCUCUUCAUUCACUUCAGAAAUAACACCAACAACUGGAGGGAGAUCCCAGAAAACCUGAUGGACCAGUACAACGAGAUUAACGCCAUCAGCACUGCCUGCUCCAAUGGAGUUCCAGAGUGUGAGGAGAUGGUCUCUGGCCUUUUCAAGCAGUGGAUGGAGAACCCCAAUAAUAACCCGAUCCACCCCAACCUGCGGUCCACCGUCUACUGCAACGCUAUUGCCCAGGGUGGUGAGAAGGAGUGGGACUUCGCCUGGGAGCAGUUCCGAAAUGCCACACUGGUCAAUGAGGCCGACAAGCUUCGGGCAGCCCUGGCCUGCAGCAACGAGGUGUGGAUCCUGAACAGGUACCUGAGCUACACCCUGAACCCCGACUUAAUCCGGAAGCAGGAUGCCACCUCUACCAUCAUCAGCAUUACCAACAACGUCAUCGGGCAAAGUUUGGUCUGGGACUUUGUCCAGAGCAAUUGGAAGAAGCUCUUUAAUGAUUAUGGUGGUGGCUCGUUCUCCUUCUCCAACCUCAUCCAGGCAGUGACACGACGAUUCUCCACCGAGUAUGAGCUGCAGCAGCUGGAGCAGUUCAAGAAGGACAACGAGGACACAGGCUUCGGCUCAGGCACCCGGGCCCUGGAGCAAGCCCUGGAGAAGACGAGAGCCAACAUCAAGUGGGUGAAGGAGAACAAGGAGGUGGUGCUCCAGUGGUUCACAGAAAACAGCAAAUAGUCCCCGGCCCUUAAAGUCACCCGGCCCCCAUGCAAGGUGCCCACAUGUGUCCAUCCCAGCGGCUGGUGGCAGGGCCUCCAUUCCUGGAGCCCGAGGCACCAGUGUCCUCCCCUCAAGGACAAAGUCUCCAGCCUACGUUCUCUCUGCCUGUGAGCCAGUCUAGUUCCUGAUGACCAGGUUGACUGAGCACCUCCCGGCCCCUGCCUCUCAUGCCAACUCCGCCCUAGGCCUGGCAUGGCGCCUGUCGCCCAGGGCCCUGGGGCUGAUCUCAGGGAAGCCCAGCUCCAGGGCCAGAUGAGCAGAAGCUCUCGAUGGACAAUGGACGGCCUUGCGGGGGACCGCCCUGUACCCUCUUUCACCUUUCCCUAAGGACCCCAAAUCUGAGGAAUCAACAGGGCAGCAGAUCUGUAUAUUUUUUUUUCUAAGAGAAAAUGUAAAUAAAGGAUUUCUAGAUGA